AUGGCUCAGUUAUGUAAUAAAUUACAACUCGCUGAAAAGGAAGGAGAAAAAAAAGAAAAGAAAAAAGCACUAAACCAAAAUGAAAAGCUCACGUCCACGCUGCAGCAACCUGAACAGUACAUGGGAUCAUUACUGCGCCAUGUAAUAAUCAUUACGCACAAGACCCAAAGGCAAGAGCAGACAAGCUGCAGUCGCAGAACAAGUGAAGGUUCUUUGAUCUACCGCCGAAUGCUUGAAGAAAGGCGGCAGCCUUUGCUAAAUUAUGUGGGGAUGGAUUGUCACGAGUCACGAGGCCAUCAGACAUCCCGACACGACAUUCUAGAAGAUAUCGCUUGCCAAGACGGAAUGGAUAAGAAAGCAUUCUUGACCAUGGCACGCUAUAAAUGUAAAGGGCUUCGAAGUAACUGGGCAGAUGCUAAUAUGAAAUUAGCUUUAGCUGCAGUCAGAAGUCGUAAAAUGAAAAUUUAUACGGCUUCCAAGCAUUAUAAUGUGCCAAGACGCACUCUGAUACGUUAUUUACAAGAAAACAAAGAGACCAAAUCUACUUUGGGCCGGAAACCACUUCUUAACCCUGAAGAUGAAAAGAUUUUGGAAUCCCUGUGGGAUAAAGCUGCGACACCUGCUAAUGUCAAAGCUGGAUUUGAAGCGACCGGAAUUUUCCCAUUCAAUCCAGAUAGGAUUCUAGAAGAAGUAUACGCUCCCAGCAUACCUACUCAUAAUUUCGCAGAACCUGGAGCUUCUCCUUCUGAAAAUCAAGAAAAUGGAGAUACUAACGACAGCGACGCUACAAAUCUGUUAAUUCCUCCUCAGGAAAAUGAAGAUACUAAUGAAAGCGACGUUACUGAUGCCAGUGGAAAUUCCCCUUAUCCUCUCCCAAAUGAAGACAAAGGUAAUUCAAAUCCAUCAAAUGCAAAGCAAAGCGUUGUGCUGCAACUCCAGACAACGCCUCUGAUGAUCAUCCACAGCACCCAAAUCAAGAAGAUAUAUCGAACUUUAUAG